GCGAAGGUUCCGGAGCUGGCGCGCCCGCCCCCGGCCCGCCCUGCCUGCGCCGCCGCUGUCACUCGCCGCCCGGCUCCGGUGCGGACUCCCCUGCAGCGGCAGGUAACUCGGCUGAGAGACAGUGUAGCAGCGUCAGGACGUCACCAUGAUGGAGGACCCUGCAGCUACCCAGGAGAAGCACAUCCCAUCAGGCUACCCCCUUCAGAUACCUGUCGAUGAUGGAUCGGAUGAGCCUGUUUCUGAAACAUCUGAUGCUAAGAGCACCCCAACUACGGAAGAUGCCACAGCACCUUUAGUGGAGGAAGGAGACCACGAGGAUCAGGGUGGUGCCGAACAGCACGGGGAGAUCCCAGAAGGAACCACAGCUGAAGAAGCAGGCGUAGGAGCCACCCCCAAUCUGGAGGACCACGCCGCAGGAGAUGCCACUCAAGGGCAGCCACAGCCUGGCUCUCAGGAAGGUGUGGGAGAUGCAACAAGAAGAGAGGUCCAGCCCAGCAGGCUGGCAGCUGAGCUCCUUCAGCAGCCUCUUCUGUCACAUGAAACAAAGGCUCCCAGAGCAGUUCCUACCCGCAUCGAGGUCACCAUCCCAAUCCCCCUGGAUAUGUACCAAGGCUCCAGAGCAGCUGAAGGCAGCAGUGAGUUGUGGGAUCGUGGAGGCAGAGAAGGCGUCGGUGUGGAUCCUGCACUGGGUCAUGGUGUGCACACUGAGCGGUUGGCAGGAGCAGGUGACAAAGGUGGCACCCAAGUCAAAGAUGAGCCAUCUGCCCGAGGUGCCAGAGCUCCACUGAAAGAAGGUGUCAGUGGGCAGGACAGAGAUGCAGAUCGAGAUGUCGAUGAAACUGCUGGGCAGAUCUUGCUUUCCCCGGGGGGUCAGCGAGUUUCACCAUCACCUGAAGUGGGCUCAUGUCCAGCAGCUGCCAAGGAAGCUCUUGAAGAAUGUGGCUUUGGAGAAAACAAGUCCGAAGAUGUCCUCAAAGGCAUCCCACAAGAGGCUGAAGCUGAAUCACAUAAGGUAGGAGAGGACCAAGAGGAGAGCAGACAGCCGUUGAUGGGGGAGGAAAAUAUGGAUGUCCUGUCAGAGCCUUCUGAAGUCAUCUCCCAACAGGAAGCAGAGCCUAGGGAGGGAGAAGAUUCUGGACCCUUGCAAGAAACAGCUGCUGAGUUAAAAGGUGGUGCUGAAGACAAAGAAGCUGCUCUGGAAGAGGCUGUGCCAGGCACAGGAGAGCACCGCAUGCUGAAGAAGCAGCCCUCUGCCCGGGCUGCAGAUAGAGCUGUCAGCCGAGUCCCUCUGCUGAAAGGACGCAUUGACAAGGAGGGGACUGAAGCUGAGGGAAAGAAACCCAAGAGAUCCUCACCUUGCACUGCCACCCCCCCAGGUGCUAGACCCUCCAUCCCCCCCCACCGACACACCUCCUCUAGCACAACCCCUUCGCAAGCACCCUCCAGCCCUGCUUCCACCUCCAAGCGAGGCUCUUCUGGCACAUCCCGACCUGCCAGUGCAGGAGCACAAGAAGCCAAAGCCAAGGGCCCGGAGGCGAGAGCUGGCACCAAGACAGGCGCACCACGGCCCGCGGCCGGGCAGAGGAACUCCACCAAUGCCACACGCAUCCCAGCAAAGACACCCACGGCCCCCAAGACACCUCCCAGCUCUGGCAGGAAGGAGCAGAAAAAACCACCUCCUGCAGCAGCCAAGCCCGAGAAAGGUGAGCAGCCCAAGUCUGGAGACAGAAGCGGUUACAGCAGUCCCGGCUCCCCUGGGACUCCAGGCAGCCGUUCCCGCACUCCCUCUCUGCCCACCCCACCAGCCAGGGAGCCCAAGAAGGUGGCAGUGGUUCGCACCCCGCCCAAGUCUCCUGCCUCCGCCAAGACUCGCAUCCAGCCCUCGGCCGCGCCCAUGCCCGACCUGAAGAACGUCAAGUCCAAAAUCGGCUCCACUGAGAACCUGAAGCACCAGCCCGGAGGUGGCAAGGUGCAGAUAAUUAAUAAGAAGCUGGACUUUAGCAGCGUUCAAUCCAGGUGUGGCUCAAAGGAUAAUAUCAAACACAUCCCGGGAGGAGGCAGUGUGCAGAUAAUUAAUAAGAAGCUGGACUUUAGCAGCGUUCAAUCCAGGUGUGGCUCAAAGGAUAAUAUCAAACACAUCCCAGGAGGAGGCAGUGUCCAAAUCGUUUACAAGCCUGUGGACCUGAGCCACGUCACGUCCAAAUGUGGUUCCCUGGGCAACAUCCACCACAAACCAGGGGGUGGCCAGGUGGAGGUGAAAUCUGAGAAACUGGACUUCAAAGAUAAGGUGCAGUCGAAAAUUGGGUCCUUAGACAACAUCAGCCACGUCCCUGGAGGAGGAAACAAAAAGAUUGAGACCCACAAGCUGACCUUCCGCGAGAACGCCAAAGCCAAGACCGACCACGGCGCCGAAAUCGUCUACAAGUCCCCGACCAUCUCCGGAGAUGCCUCCCCACGCCGCCUUAGCAACGUCUCCUCCACCGGCAGCAUCAACCUGGUGGACUCCCCCCAGCUGGCCACGUUAGCCGACGAAGUGUCUGCUUCGCUGGCCAAGCAGGGCUUGUGAUGGGGGCGCGGCAGGGCCGAGAGGAGACGAGGAGAACCGAAAUAAUAAUCUGGCCUUCUUCCUCUGUUCCUUUUACAGCUGCUCCCCCCCACCCCACCCUAACCGGUUAAUGAUUUAACCUGCUUUUACUGUUCAUUCAGCUCUAGCUCCAGGACUUCAAAGUCAGUGACACGAUGAGGUACAAAACCUCCUCUCCCCCUGCUCCUCGGAGCGCGCAGCCUCCUGCCCCUCCUGCCCCUCGUCGCCUCCCUCCCCCCACCCCAACCUUGCAAGCUCCCUGAGAUCCCUCGCUGGCCCCCACCCUGGCAGGGGGAAGCAGGGGAGGGGAUAGAGGAGGGGGCAGCCACUGACCCGAGCACCCCUGCAGCAUAAGGCUAGGGGUCCUCAGGGGAGGGGCCCGGGACCCCUCCCGCCGCUCCCGGGCCGGGGUCUGGCCUGCGGGCGGCAGAGGCCCGCGGGGGGGGAACCCUCCCCUUUCUGCACUAAAUUUGCCUGCCGAUUUGGAAGAAACCUUUUGCUUUUUUUCACCUCCGAAAGCUGAGCUGUGUCUGAAGGUAACUGCCAGGCGUCCCCCGAACCCGCCCCCAGCUCCGGCAGCUGGGCUACCGGUGGCGCCGGGGCUGUGCCAUGGCGGCAGGGCACCCCCCCAACACCCCCGGGCAGCCCCUUCCCCUCUCUCCGUGGCUGUGCUGGAACCGCUGAGUGGAUGAGUAGAGGCUCCACCCCCGCCCCUUUGGCAGCCCCCUCGUGUCGUAGAGUAGAUUUGUCUGUAUAUGCUUGGCCCGUGCCAGGGUGGUGAUUGUCGUCAUAAACGAGCAUGUGUUUGGAAAAGAGAACUAAUCAAUGCUGUGAAGUAGUUGUGAGCUGCCCCGCGCCGGCUCGGGGCCAGGAGGGCUCGGGGGGAGCCCGACCAGAGCUCCAGGCCGUGCCCAGCCCUGGCACCGCAUGCCUGCCGGGCUCAUGGGUGGGUGCAGAGCUGCUGCCUCGCUGCCCAGGGAGGGCUUGGGGCUGUGUAGGGACUCGUCGUGGCUAUGCCACUGCCUGAGGAUGGUGUGCAAGGGGCACUCGCAGCUCCGGGGCUGUGGGGCCUGGAUUUGGGCGCAGUUUGUAACAGUUUUGGGUUGCUGUUUUUUUUCCCUGUUGUUUUUUCCCUGCAAGGUCAGCUCAGAGACGGCAGAAGCGACAGCUCCGUGGCUCUGCUGGUCUGGUGCCAUUGGCAGCGGUAGGAGACAACCGGGAGGACGCGAGGGGAAGGCAUGGGGGCAGCUCUAGCUGGUGGCUCUCCCACCUCGGGGCCCGGUAGCUGCUCCUUAACCCUGACACCCCGCCCCCCAACCCCACAACCCUCCCCCCCCCCCGACCCCAGGCACUCUCCUGGCUGGGGUUUGCUGCAUGCCCCCUCCCCCCCCCCCCCCCCCCCCCCCCCCCCAAGUGUCUCCUGCACACAGCACCUACCCGUCCCCGCUCGCACGGGGGAAAGGAGCUUCUUUCUCGCUUUCUUUUGCUGCUUUUGUUCCUCUGGCAGCCGAGGGAGUGGCCCAGGGCUGUGCUGCACCCAUGGCUGUCCCCAUGUGCCCUUUUCUUCUACAACCAAAGAGGCUGAGAUGUGACCAGUGCAGCUCAGCGUGUGUUCCGCCCCCCCGGCGGCUACCCCCUGAGCAGCGCCCACCGAGCUGUGGGGUAGAGCUGGGGCAGUGAGUGGUGAAGGCAGGAGUUGCACUCAGGGAGAGCUGAGCUUUCCCAGCAAGAUCCUGGGCUGAAGGGGACACUGCAGGAAGGGUCUCCUUGAGGCACCAAUGUGGGUGUCCUUAGGAUGGUGUCUUGAGAGUGGGGGGAGGGGGCACCACGGCUGCUUUAGCAGCCGGUACCUGGAGUCAAGUGGCUGUCCUCCCCGGACAGGACCUGGCCCAUCGUUUGCGGGUGGGGAUGCCUUUGCACAGUCCACAUGGGCCCCAGAGGGAGCUUCUGCCUGGUGCUGGGCAGCUCACUAGAGGAAGGCUGGCUAUGCUGGGGGGAGGAUGGGUGGGUGGUGGUUUUUGGGAGGGUCCAACCCUUGUCUCUGCAGCCCCAGGAGCUGCUUUACUGCUGGGGAGAGGCUGGUCCAGCACUGCCACGAGCAGGCCCAGUGAUGGCCACGUCCAGCUUGUCGCUUGCUCCGUUCCAGUUGACUCGAUGAUUGUAAGACUCUGUUCUCAGUCCCUGCCUCUGUAUCGCUGCGGGAGCCGCUGCGGUGUCUGUGCCCGCUGCAAGCCCAGCACGGGAAGCACCAAACCCCCCCCGCCCCCGACUCCAGUCACCCCUCCUGGCAGCAGGAUGGUGCCCAGCUGUAGGCGCCCAUCCUGGCUUGCCCUAUGCCACCCCCAGCCCCUCUGUGCAGCUCCUGCUGGUCACCAACACCCCAGGCCAGAGGUGUCCGUAGCAGGUGGUGAGCUGCAGCGAGCAGCCCCUUCCCACUGCGAGUGUCCUCCACUGAGCACCACACGGCCCCAGCCUGUCAUCCCCUCCCAGGGUCCCAGGACAGCCCUUGCCAUCCACUGCUCUCCUGCUGCCCCUGUCGAGCAGCCUGAGCCACAUCCCCCAGCCCCAAACCCCCCUGCCCCACGUUCAGACCCAGGCCUGAGGGUUACCAGGAGCAGCCAUACAGACCUGACCCACGGCUUUUCCUUUACUCCACACAUCUUGGUCUGAAAAGGGUUCAAACCGACACCGACUCAGCUACCGACCCCUGUUUCUGCACUCAAAGUAACUGUGGUUGUGACAUGAACUGCCAGUGCCAGCCUGCCGGUGGUGCUGGCAGCCCCUGGGAGGGGAGGGAAGGUUUGAUCUCAGUGUAUCAUUCUAGCUUAGCUUCUGUCUGUGGGUGUCCAUGGUGUUUCGUGCGUUUUAACGACUGGUUUACACUGUUGCCGUACAAGUGAAUUUGGAAAUAAAAAGUCCUUACUACGA